AAUAAAAUCUGCGUCGUUUGCCUCACACCGCAUCGGUUGACGUCCACGCGCGCAUAAACGAGUGUAAGAAGGAAAUGACCGUUGAUGCAUGUAUCUGCGUACACGUGUGUGCGUGCCCGUGUGUGUGUCCGUCAGGCGCAGCGUAUCUUUGCUUAUCGGCGCUGGCCGCCCCUCAUUUGUCGUACACCGAUUGCCUGCCUGCGUGGGUGAGUGCGCCCUGGUUGGUGCGCGUUGCGGUGUGUUGGUGUUGUGUUGACAACCGGCGCGAUGUCGAAGAAGUUGCAGAGUGAGAUAGAGCGCGUGUUGCGGGACAUCAAGGUGCACGUGGAGCAGUAUGACGAGAAGUUUGACGAGCUGCGGCAGUUCAACAGGGAGCGCUUCAUCAACUGCGACAAAAUGAAAGACGAAGCCAAGAAGGAGGUGAGGGGUCACCUCACACGUGGCACACACACAUACACACACAGACACACGCAAGGGCAUAAGGCAGGCAGGCAGGCUGGCCGGUGGCAGACACAGGGAGGCAUAGCGCGACUCGUACAGGCAUCGCAUUCGUGUGUUGUGUGCAUCCCCCCGCUCACCAUGUGUGUGCAGCAACUUCGCGGCAAGAAGCAUGCGAUUCGUACGACCACGCUUGAGCUGAUGGACGUCAAGCACGUGUUGGACGGCCGUGGCCGCAUUGAGGGCGAGCUCGAGAAUCUGCUGCGGAAGCUGCACCGGCUGGGUCAGCAGGUCAAGGACUGGCUCAACCAAAACGAUGUCAGGGACAAAGACUCACUCGAGCAGUGGAAGAAACAGGUAGGUACCUACAUAUAUCGGCACAUACACAUACACACGCACAUACACACACACACACCCUUCGGCAUGUGGAUGGAAUGUGUGUGUGUGUCAGCUUGAGGUGCGCUACAAACGUGGCAAGAUCUUCUAUCGCAGCGGCGAGAUCAGCGAGGUCGACAUGUCUGGCGAGGGAGAGGUCACCGAGCACCAGAAGUGGAUCGAGGACUACAUCAGGAGGCUGGGCGACCAAAACGACCUCUUCGAAGCUGAAAUCGAAGCCUCCAAGAAGAAGAAGGUCAGCCAAACCCAACACGCGCUCAAUGCACAAACAGGCUGUGUGUGUGUGUGCAGAGUGCCGAUUGUGAGCGUGUGGAGCAGUUGAAGGCCUUCACUGAGCUCCACCGCAGCCACAUGCAGAAGCUGGAAGAACUGCUCAGGCGAAUCCGAAACGGAGACCUCAGCUCAGACGUACGCAAUCACAUCGCCCACACACUCUCGCCCUAGCCACCGACCCACCUGUGUGUCUGUCUGUCUGUCUGUCUGUCUGGCAGAGCGAGAUGGAGAAGUUGGGUGAGUUGCAGGAGGAGCUGCGGGACUAUGUCGAGAAUAACGACUCCCUCGACAUCGUCGCCAUGUGUGACGACCUCUACGCCGACCUCGGCCUCGAGGACAUGCCAUGCGACAUGGACAAGGACGGCUCUGACACCGUCGGCGACCCCCUCACCGACGUCGGCACUCACGACGAGCCCAUGCGCCUGUCGUCCAUCGAGAUCGACAACAAUGAGGCCGCCUGGGAGGCUGGCGCUGAGCCCAUGGCCGACCACCAGCCCCACCAGCAGCAGCAGCAACAUGACGAUGAGGGCGACAAGGCCGUCACUACUACUGCUGGCGAGCAGCGUCAGGCCAAGCGGCCGAAGAAGGGCGGCAAGGGGGCGUCCAAGGACAAGGGCGAGGCCACCAGCAGCACGAGCGCUGUUUCGCCGGCUGCUGUCACGCCCAAGGCCAGCCUCGCCGCCACUCUCCUGGGCAAGGCCGAGCGAAUCGACCACAGAGAUAAGGAGGCCAAGAGCGACUUGGACAGCAACGAGUCGCAGCCCUCCCAGUGGAAGCCCAAGGCGACUCCUGAGCACCCUGUCAUCCUGCCCUCGCUCGCCCCAGCAGCGGCACAGCAGCCACCCGGCAGCAAGAGGAAGGGCGACAAGACAGACACCCACACCCACACCCACACGCACAGGAAGGCCUCCGGUGACAAGUCGGCCACCAAGCACCCCUCCAGCACCAAGCAGCCCCCCGAGGUCUUCUCUCCCUCGACCUUCCCUCUGCUCCCAUCCGCCACCCCGCGCUCUUUCUCCUCCACACGAGGCGGGGAGGGCUUCGCCUCGUGGGUGUCGGCGGCCAAGCAGGCGAGCGGGGAGCGGUCUGAGGCGUCGAGCGUCGAGUGUGCCAUGUCCAGCACGUCGAGCCUCUCGGGGCCGGGGCAGACAAGCGCGGCCGUUGCUGCCGCCGCCGCUGCUGCUGCUGCUGGGGGCGGUGGUGCCGAGAAGGUUGGGGGGAGGAGGGGAAGUUUCAAUGACACUAAGAGGGCGUCGGACACGGUAAGACGACCAGCGAGGAAAUAAGCCAUGCACCAUGAAGCGCGUCAUUAUUUCCUUGGUCUCCUGUUUGUGGUCAGGUCGGUUCGUCUGUGUCGUCUCAGCAGCACAUGGCGGUCGAUGAGCGCGAGACCCUUGUGUCGAUGGGCUUCGCCAGCGAUGCCGUCGACCGAGCCCUGAUGAUGCACGCGGGCAAUUUUGACGACGCUCUCAACCACCUCAUCCACACCAACCAGUCGCCCAAGAUUCACGAACCACCCACCCCACCACAGUCACAGCCAAGCGCAUCAGCGGCUGAUGAGCCAGCCCCCAUGGAGCCGCCCCCACAAUCACUGCCCACAGAGCUCGCCGAGGCAGCUGAGUCACCAGAUAAGGAUGCUGGGGCGCCCAAGGCAGAUGGUGACGGUGACGAGAUCAUGGAGAGGGAGAGCGAGAGGGCGAGUGAGGAGGAGGUGACGAUAGGGGAGGACUGGAAGGCGGUGGGCGAGGGGCAGCUCUCCCUGUCCAAGGGCACAAGGCUACGCAUCCAGGAGCGACACAGCUCCGGAUGGACCUUCGGGCAGCUCGUCCGGCCAGACGGCUCUCUCGACGACCGGCCCGACUCGUCUGGCUGGUUCCCCGACUUCCUCACCCAGCCUCCCCCUCCCCCCUCUCCACCCCGGUUGAACCCACACCCCCACACCCACCCACCCCCACCCACCACAGACAACCAGAGAGCCGGUGGCCCACCCACUUCCAGCUCGCCCGUGUCCACGGCUGCUGCCGUGCCCAUGGUCACGGCAUCCUCCCUGCUGCAGCGCGGCCUGGUGCUGCAGGAGCGGGUGCACAUCCCCAAGGUGCACCCGACGGACGAGGGCCGGUCGGCCGAUGGAUCGCCGGACGCCUCAGGGUCGGCCGCUGGUGUGAGGGGUGGGGGAGGAGAGGAGGGAUCCGACUCGACCGACCUCGGCUCGGCCACCAGCACCGUCCGUAGCGUGUCGACGCUCACUUUGGGGCGGGGCGGCGGCGAGAGCGUGGAUUUUGAUGUGUGGCAGACGGUGAGUAUCGAGUCGUCCAACGAGGGAGGAGAGGGCGUCGUGGUUGGGGAGGGCGGCACUGCUGCUGGUGCUGCUGCCAGUGGAGGUGGAGGUGGUGGUGGUGAAGGGGGUGUGUUGGAGGUGCGUGAGGUGUACUGGGACUGGGCGGGCGAGUACGGCGACACCGCCACGCAAAACCUGCACUUUUCCAAGGGCGAAAGGGUAAGUCUGUCUGACACACGCACAAGCCACCCACAGUACAGUGGGGGUAGCAUUAGUUCUUAUGCAUGUGCUUGUGUGCUAUCUAUCAGGUUGAGAUAAUCGUUCGGCAUCGCUCGGGCUGGACCCACGGCCGCAUCGUAGGAGAGCCAGACCGGUGAGUGAGCGGUGACACGAAAUAUAACGACGGGUGCGUUGCUCUCACUGCUCCGUCCGCCGAUGUGUGUGUGUGUGUGUGUGUGUGUCAGCAUCGGUUGGUUCCCCGACUUCAUGCUCACACCCAUUGAGGAUGUCGAACGCGAAAUGAGAGAUAAGAAGGUAACACCAGUGCACACAACAAACAAACAAACAAACACUGCCCCCCAUCCCAACACGCCAUCUCUCAUCAUUUCUUCAUUCCCUCAGGGCGACGGUGCGAGUGACGUCGACCACGACGAGGCGCGCAAGGCAGCGUCGCCCCCCAAGCGGCUGUUUUUCCACCCACCAGACCCCCACCAGCCGACACACCACACAAACCCUCUCGGCCUCGGUCUCGGGGUGGGCGUUGCGCGCCACAAUCACACACACGGCCACCGGCUUUCGUCCUUUACGCUGCCGCGGGGCGUCAUGGAGCAGCCACAGGACAGCCCUGAGGGCCAAGGGGGGUCGGGGGGACCCACACCGCCCGGUGAGUAGUAGGUGGCAUGACCGAUGCACAGACAGACAUGCAGGAGAGAGAGUGCAUCCAUGCGUUUGUCUUGUCUCGUGGGUGAUGUGCAGGGUCGAUGUGGUCCCUGGGCACCCCUCUGCUCACCCCCUUGACGACCAACGCCGGGGCCCUGACGGACAGGAGCCCAGCACCAGCAGCAGCAGGAGCAGGAGGGUCCCGUCUGCAGGCGCCCCCCUCCGGGACAUCUUUGUUCCAGACGCAGCCCAGCCUCAUUCGCGGCCAUGUGGAGGGGACCGCCGGCCUGACCGCCUCAUUGGAUGCCGAACGGCACGACGGCAGCGAGCAUCAAUGGACACUCAGCCACUCACGGUCCUCUCUCAGGGUAAGCAAGGGAGGGAGGGAGGCGCCAUUGCUGCAUCUUCCAUUCUUCUGCCCCGUUUGUUUGGUCAGUCUGGCGAUGGUCCUGGGAGCGAGCGAGAUCUCUCCCACCACCCUUCCCCCGGUGCACUGCGUCCGUCAUCCUCGAUUGCCAUGGCGUUUGGGAGCGGCCGGCCUGCGGGCGUCCUCGUCAUAAGUGGGAGGGGGGUUUGGUCGGAGCGGACAAUGACGUUGCCGGGAUGGUCCAGCGAUAAGACCAAGUGAGAAUGCGAUGAAGGAGUGGAUGGCACAAUUGGAUCGAUGGAUGCACUCACUGCACGAACACUGGAUGGGGUUUCGUGUGCUGUGUUGUGCUGUGCUGUGUGCUGUCAGUGCGAAGAUCCCGGAUGAGAACCCGUGGCGCAUCUCUGCGGUGAAGGAGCAUGAGACGGACACCAUGGAUGGCACAAGCAACGCCUGACGGGGCCGCAAUGCCUGCGCGCCUCUGCCUGCCUGCCUGAGACAGACAGUGACGUGACAUUUGAUGAACACCCCAACCCAAUGUUUGCCGUGCAUGCUCAUGCAUGCCUGUCAGUCAGCUAUGCUCCGUCUCAGCCAAGUCAAGUCACGGAGGGGAGGGAGAGAUUGAGGAGAAAGGGCUGGGCUGUGUGUGGCCCUCCCUCCUCUCCCUCCCUCCCUCCCGAGUGGCAGACAGAGACCGACCUGCUGGCUGGCUGUGUGGCUGCAUCCAUCCAUCCAUCCAUGUGUGUGUCUGGGUGAGCGAACCGAACGAGGGAUUGAGCGGAUGUUCACUGGCCUUGUCUUGUGCAUGUGGAGUAGGGAUGGGAUGGCGCGGGUGGGUGGGGGUGAUUGAUAGGUGGACCCAACAAUGGCCUGCCUGCCUGCAUUUUGACACUGACGUGAUGCGCGUGAGGUGAGUGCAGUGCAGUGCACACAGG